AUGGACACUCCGUUAACGGAUCCCUUUCUAACGGACUCUCCUCCAGUAGUAGCGCGGGCUCUUCAAGAUGAGAACGAGUCGCUCGUGUCGGUAGUCGAGCAGCAGCAUCAGUCCAUCGCAGCGCUGCGGCACCGCGCGACAACGGCGGAGCGCGAGAAGCGGUCUCUGAAAGACGAGGUGGCGCUGCUGAGAGAGGCGCUCGCGGCGCGCGACGAGCAGAUGGAGAGCCUAGCGGCGCGAGUGGAGGAAGCAGAGGAGGAGCGGGAGCUGGAAGAGCAGGAGAGGGCGGAAGACGCGGAGAGUGAGGACGAAGCGCAGGCGGCGGAUGGUAUCUCCGCGCAGUUCGUGGUGGGGAGUAGAACUGGCAACGGCGCGGAAGACAGCAGCGGGAUGGCGCUCCCCGCGGGAACACGAACGCGGCGGAGAGAGGGGACUAUUUGCGGCGGUGGCGGAGGUGACGGCGGCGCCGGCGGUGGGGAGGAGUGGAGGGAGGAGGACGGGGAACAGAAGGAGGUCGUGUGCGGGUACCACGGGUGCGGAGAUGAGAGGGGUUUCCGUAUCCGGGAUGGCGUUGCUUGUCGUGGCUGCGCUGCUCUGUUCUGCAACACCCCGGGCUCAGCUGCUGGUGCGGGCUGUGCUGCAGUAGCCUCUACUGCCGGUUCUGUGCCAUGCACUCCGGUGCAUGGUGACAGCCCUCGAACCCUUGCCGCGGCUGCUGCUGCUGCUGCUGCUGCUUUGGCGGCUCCUGCAUCUGACUUCGUCCCUGCUUCCGGAUCUUCCGCUGUGGUUUCUGUGAACAUGUCAUCGUCUCGAGUAGCCGGGGUGUUGGGUCGUCGUGUGAGAGUGGGAGGUCUAGGCUUUCGUGGAGGAAUGGAAGGGGAUGCUUUGGCUGGAAGGAGAAGCAACGACACGUGGGCUGUUCCUCUAUGUUUUGGUGCUGCUGGCGGGGUAGCCGCUGUGUCGUGUCUUUGGGCUCUCUUUCUGGCCCUUGCGGCCAUCGGAUGCUGGGCCAUCUGUGCGUCUGCUCAAUGCGCCAGUCCACUGCAGUCAUGCGACUUCUACUUCUACGGCUAUGACAAGGCCGUUCCCGUCUUGAAGCUCAAGUCUGUGCGAGAUGAGAAGGUGGUCACCACCGGCCUUCGCUGGAAGGGUCAGUCCCUUUUCGUCGAGACAGCUACUACACUCGGAAACUCGACGUGCAAAGUUGUAGGCCAGAAGAAGGUCUUUUGCGACAACUACUUCUUCUUCCGUCCCCGUGGCGGUAAGAAGUCAUACGAGAAGUACAUUAACCGCUCGGACCGUCUGGGCAUCCGUCCCAUUCCUAAGUGGAAGCUGAGGCAGUUGAGCAACCAGUGCAUCCAGAUGGGAGUUGAUUCCGCUAAGAUUAAGAUCCUCAAGGCCAAGACUCAGAACGCGUCUGUGUGGAUCAACCCCAACGACAACAACGCUGAGUUUCCCCAGAAACGGCGUUGCGUGGCUUUCAAGAUUGUCACUGCUUAA